AUUUUAGAUCUACUUUUUCCGACCCUUUUUAUCAUUUCUUUGAUUUACAAAGAAAUUUGUGAUUAAAUUUUAAUACGAAAAUGAGUUACAGAAGAGAGUCUCCGUGUAUGAAGUACUUCGAGAAGGCUAGAGGGGAUCCAGGAGUCAGAAAGAGUUUGUCCGCCACUCGAUUUCCUCCCAUCCGUCGCACAAGUGAUCCAUCGAGUGAUGAUUCCGAUGACUUCCAUCAGUUAGACAUAGGAGAGGAUCAGUCGUCAUCCAUCUCCAGAAGCAGCUCCGAGUCGUGUCAUUCCUUGGGCUCCAAUCGAUGUCAAUUGCGAAAAUUAGAUGAAAUUCGGUCAUCGCGUUCAUCGCUCAACAAAAUGCAAUUAUUUGACGACAACUUUCACAAUAAUAACAACGAAUCGUUGGAUGACUUUAAGUCGAGAUUACGGCUGAGAAGAAGUGUCAAAAAUAGAGAUCAGAGCUAUAAUUACGGCGAUAAUGAAGGCGACAGAAGCGACUUCUCGUAUGACAGCGCGACCAAAGAAGCGCACGAAGAGAUACUGAGAAACGCUGAGUCCCUGAGACUGGAACAGGUCAGACAUCCCAAACCAUCCCUUCCAUCCCCAUUAGGCCCCAGAGGUUGCGAUUGA